GGAGCACUCCUGUGAACUCAGAACUGGUAGCAGUCUUACCUGAAGAAGCUAGAGAGAGAAAGUCGUCAGUAGAAAGAGAGAAAGAUGGGUGGAGGAAUGGAGGCACACAAAAACCGUUGGAUCGAGGACUGGUCAUCAGCUAGGGAAAAUCUGGAGUUGAAUUUCCGAUGGACACGCCGCAACCUUGCCCUCGUUGGAAUCUUCGGCGUCGCCGUCCCCAUCCUCGUCUACAAAGGCAUCGUCAAAGAAUUCCACAUGCAAGAUGAGGAUGCAGGAAGGCCAUAUCGGAAAUUCUGGAUGGCAUAAUUCUGUUCUCUCGAAAUAAUAAAUGUGGCUGAACUAGAAGACAUGUAUUCUUCUGGACCAUUUAGUGUCACAAUCCGAGUUUGUCUAUCCUUUUUAUGUUACUUUAUCUUCUUGUUAAACCUCAUUCGGUUUUUAUGGCCUCCAAAGUUGAACCAUUAUAUAGUGCAAUCUGCUUGAUCAAAUUUUGGUUUCAA